GCCAGCGGGCGCCGGGGCAGAGCGCGCGAAAAUUCCAAACCGGCGGCGCGAGCCGGGCCGCGGGGAGCGACUUCCAGUGGCUUGUGAUCAGACUUUGUAUUCAGUUUGUGCCUAAAAACAUAGUAGUCCAUUCUGUGGGAUGUUUUUUCUAUAAGGCGGUGGCUCUGGAUCGGCUAAGGAGUUUGUAAGGAGUCUCACUGGACCAGCAAUCCAGUUUAUUUAGCUGUAAUUAAGAAGGCAGAUAAAUUACCUUUCUUACUAUGGAGCUGUGAUUUCCAACCUGUGGAAAAAGACCAUUCCUCAUUCUGUGAUGGCUGUGCCAUUCUGCAUACUGGAAUAAUAGUCACAGGAUUCUGAAAUGGCCCAGGACACUACAGUGCCCAGACUGAACUUUGAAUAUUGGUUGAAUAAAGCUACUGAAUGGGGCCAAGCCACCACACAGGAAUCCCAGAAGGAUGCGUGCCUUCACUUACCCCAGCUCCAGGAGUUUCUACAUCAGAUUUAUGAAACUUUAAAACAUAUGGAUCCAUUUGCAGCAAUUCAGCAGUUCCCUUUAAUUGGCCAGCUUCUAGGAAGGCUUUGUUGGAAUCCUUAUGUUGUAGGAUACGAUGAAAGCCAGAAGACUCUGAUGUGGUGCUUAUGUUGUCUAUACAGCAGUGAACCACAGAACCCUGUGGAAUCGAAGGCCAACAGCUGGAUACGGAGUUUGCUGUGCCAUCUCCUUUCUUCUUCUAAGUGGGAAAGUAAUGAAGCUGAAACCAGUAAAUUCAUAUCAACUCUUGGCUACACAUCAGCAGAUUAUUAUUGUCACUUAGUUAAAAACAUGAUCUCUUCAUUAGUAACAGAACUCAGAGGAAAUCAGUUCACUGGACUUACCAUUCAGGGGAGAGUUUCAGCCAGUCAUGUGAAUGCCGUGUCCCUUUUCUGUGUCCCUCUCAUUACUUUGCCUGAUCUAACCCCAUUGCUGGAAACUCUCCUUCUUUACCAUGGAGGUACAUCAAAAGAAAUUUUGAGUUCAGAGUUUCUGGAGGCUGUGAAUGAGGCCUUUUUAAAGAAGAAGAUCUCCCUUCCCGAAUCAGCUGUCUUCAGCCUCUGGCUGCGUCACUUACCAAGCCUUGAGAAGGCUACGUUGUAUCUGUUAGACCAGCUGCUUUCCAUUCAGAUGAAUUCACUGGAAGAAGCUGCUGGUGUCAUAAAAGACUCCUUACUGCCACAAGCAGCAAGCCAUCCUGCCAUUUUCAGAAUUAUUAAUGAAAUUUUCAAGAAUGCACUGCUGGAAACUGAUGGAACUCCAGAAGUUAUAACAGUAAUACAGGUGUUUACACAGCUUUUCCUUCAGGCUCAUCAGAAUGAAAACAAGCAGCAUAAAUAUCCACUGAAGGCCUACUUCCCUUACCAUCACCAGCCUCUUGUAACAGCUUUACUCAGACAUCCUUCUGAACUGCCAGCUAGACACUGGUCUCAACACUUGAAACACAUUUCUGGUAUGCUCAAAGCAUUAGUAGAAGAUACAAAUUUUACUUCUCUUGCUGACCUUUUUGAAAUCUGGUUUUUGGUUGCUCGGUUUGGAGAAUGGCUGGAUAUUGCAGCAGAACAAUUAGUGAAGGCUGAUAUAGAACCAAAUGCUUUGCUGUGGCUGCUGGCGUUUUACUACUGUCCUCAGAAUGAAAAUCAACAAAGGACUCAAACAAUGGUAGAAGCUCAAGAGGUCUGCAGUCAUCUAAUGAGGCUCUUCAGGUGUAGAAUCAGUUCUGCCAAAUAUCUGAAGGCUGCUGUACUCAAUGUAAUGUCUAUAGAGAAGUUUUAUAACCCCCAUCUUAUGGUAUAUCUUCUUACCAACAUUUUGCUCUUUUCUUCUGAUGGACAUAUGUUUGCCCAGGAAUUUGUUUACCAAGUUAAUAGGAAAACUGGUGCAAGCAAAGAAGUUUAUAGCGUUCUUAUCCGUAUGGCAUACAGAAUGCGCCGUAAUGGAGAAGAAAACAAAAUGACUAUGAAGAUGCUGAAUGAAAUUCUUCAAAAACUAACAUUGAAAGUUUAGCUUUUUAAUACCAUCUAUUUAUCAAGUCAACAAAUGGUAUCUUUAUUUAGGUGUCAGACUUUCAUUAAAGUCUUGCACCACAGGUUACCAAGGGUAGAAAAAUUUCUACUUAAGCAUACCUCACAACUUUGUAUUUUGUCAUAUAUAUAUUUGAAUAUAAUCCUUUGUUUGGAAAUGUUAACCUUCUAGAACAUAACAGUAACUAUUAAAGAUGGUUGAAUAUUUUGUUCUGAGCACCUUCUUUAACAAGAGACCUAUGUUAUUUAAAGCA